CACACUCCGGACAUUGCACCUCUCACCGCCGGCCGCCCAGCACGGACUCCCCGCACGAAUCCCUCCGGCAUCCCCCCACCAUCCAAAGGCACCGCACACCGGCUGUAUUUCUUUUUUUUAUUACUCGUUACGUGCUUUUCAAACCUUUGAGAGAUCCGUGCCUCGCUGCAGCCUGGGCGAGCCCGCAUCCCGUUCCUUCCCAUCCGGCGCUGUCUCCGCUCCCCGCCCCGGGACUGACCCUCGCUGAGAUGCGCUCCGGGGAUUUUCCUCUCCCUGGGGGAAAAAUGGGCUGUUCUGCUCCGGGCACCUCUGUCAGCUGAAGGGGGCGGGAGCUGCAGCCUUGAAGUAGAAAAGGAAGAAGGAAAAGCAGCGGGGCGAGGACGAGCGGUGCCGGACAGCGGUGGGCGGUGGGCUGAGCCUCCCGGGCAGCACCGCGGGCUCGGCGGGAGGAGGAGGAGGCAGGAGAGGAUGCGGCGGGGCAGGGAUGCUGCGGCUGGGCACACAUCUGCCUAAGGAGAGCAGCAUCGUCCUCCGAGGGGAGGAAGAAAGUGGGGGGAAAGCGGCGGAGCUCGCCCAGAGCCCGCGGAGCCCUGCCGAGGACUGACACCCCUGUAAAGUUUCCCCAGUUCGGUGACGAGAGGGGAGGAGGGAUGUGAGAUCCUUCUCCCCGCAGAGCACAGCUGGGCUUCCAGCCUCGGUUCUGCUGGGACUGGCCAUGGCUUUGUCAUCCCCGACUGAAGGGUGAAGGUGAGACCCAGGGCAGCCGCUCUCUCCAUCGCCUUCCCUGGCUCCAGGCUCCAGCCCAGGAUUUCAAGGCAACAAGAGACUGGAAAACACCUUCUCAACACAGCAUUCACCCUGUGAGGACUGAGGUGACCUCCAAGACUCUUCCCAGCAUGUUCAGUGAAAAGAGCAGUGCCUCUUUGACCCAAAAACCCACCCAGAAAAAGACCCGACCCCAGGGCCUCCCCUCCCCUGCUCUCUGCUGUGCCUGUGGACUCUGCAUCAUGCUAGCAGGGAUCAACAUCACCUUAGUGGGAGCAUUUGCCUUUGGGACCUUCCUCCCUGUGAACAACCCUCCCAUCAUCAUCGGACCCAUCUUAUUGGUGGUGGCCUUCACGUUCUUCGGUGCCUGCUGCAUCUGCAGCCGGAGGCCCCCAGCCCACGGGGCCCGGAAAUCCAAACCAGGUUCUAACAUUGGGCUGAUCAAACCUGGCAACACGGCCUUUGAAAUUGAAACCAGCGAGCACACGGUGCAGGACACCACCGCUGUCCAGCUCAGCCCCACAAACUCCCCCAUCUCCUCCAAGAAGUCCACGCCGGUUCACGAGAACGCCAAGGCUUGCAAACUCUUCACCAUGGAAGGCAACGGGCCAGUGGCCAAAUACAGCACAGGGGGAGAGGCCAUCCAGCUCAACCUGCCCAGGGACCUGGCCACGUCCUAAACCCGGGCAAAGCUUUUGUCAGCAGCCAGCCAAACGCUGCAGCGGGUGGGCUGGAAAUGUGCCAUCAGUCAGAGGUGUGGGGAAGGUGCUUGUGAAAAGCCAGCAGACAGUCAGGUCUCUCUGAACCACUUUAACGGAGAUGCAUGAAACAGCAGGGAAAAAAAGAAAAAAAAAAUCCAGAUUUUUGCUGAAACAUGCCCAUUAUACAGUUUUAAAAAGAAAACUGGUAAUGAUGCUGCUGUGAAAAGAUGAUCUCUGUUCCUGGAAAUAUGCUGCCAUUUCUGGGGAGCAGAUAGGAAGAGGGGAAUGAAUUAAUUUGUCUGCUCUAAUGUGGAAAUGUGACAGUUGGAAGGAGAGACUACAUGGGACUGACAAAUGACAGCUCUUUCUUCUCAGAAGUGAAGCAAUUCUUGGACAUAAAAGAAGCAGGAAUGCAGUAAAUUACAGCUUGCUGCCACUCAGUCACAAGAAGAUUUCAGCAUUUUUAGUGCCAGACUUUUUGGCAGUAGGGACAAAGCUAUGUCUUUGCUACUGAAAAACAGUGUGAAACCAUCUCUCCUAUGUCAAAAAUUACUGCCCCAUCUUGCCCUCCUUCGAGUGAUUUUACUGCCCAUUCUAAGAGAAGGAACCACAAGGAUCACCACCAGCACUGGUAUUUUCCUCUCAUGUUAAUGAGCUUGAGCUGCAGCUGUGCUACUCCUCACAGUGUGUUUCUUGGAAGAUCAGUCAGGCUGAAUCCUUGGGGAUAAGCUCCUGUGGUAACCAGAGACUAACAGGAGCCUGCAAAUUUAAUUUUUGGGCCGUGAUUAUGUAUCGAGUACUAGGCAACAUUCUUCCCUUAUUUUUGUGGAAGGCUGGCCUGGGACACGCCUCGGGGCAGGGGGUAGAUAACUGUAUGGACUUCAGAAUAGCUGUGCUGGAAGAUGGUGACUGCACCACCUUCCCUGAAGUGACUGUGAGGUCCAGUGCCCAGGAGUGGAUCCUUGCUGCAGGAAAUGGGCUGCUCAGUGCGCUCAUGGGCUUGCAAAGCAGUGGGAUGAGUUUGCAGAAGAGAAUUUAUCAAGAGCUGUUCCAAGCAAAGACACCCCCUCUGCCUCAGAAAGACCCAAAUCUGAUGGAAUAAUGCUGCAAAGGAUUUGUGUUCUUCUCUGGGUGACUCUGGCUGGGAACACGGUGCUGUGCUGAAGGGCUUUGCUCUGACCCCUGUGCACAUGUGGGAUCUGGGACCAGUAUGAGGAAGGACAAGCACUGCUAGGCAGGACUUGUAUGUGCAGCAGCAAGAGAGUGGAUUUUGAGUAGGAAUGGCUGCACAGGUCCUCUGUUUGUGGUAACUCUAUAUUUGAAAUGAGGUUUUUGGGACUUUGAGUGACAAGGAAAUCAUCUGGACCGUAGCACAUCACUUCAGUGGCCCAGCUAGCCCAGAAUCCAAUAUAUGACAAGGCUGAGAGCAAGGUCUGGAGAGGGACAUAAAGACAGGGGGAAACCAGGAUGCUGCUUGCCAGAAGUGCUUUCCCAGCUUCCAAUGUGCUAUUGCUUAGGAGCUUCCUGAGCUGGAAAUGGUGCCUGUGUGUUGCAGCCCUGAAUGGAUUUCUCCCCAUGAAAUAAUCCAUUUGCACCUUGACUGUCUCUCAGUUCUCAUCAUUUGUGAUCCUGCAACAGAGAGUUGCACACUUUGGCUUAUUUUCAUUCUGCAUCCUAGUACUUCCCUUUGAUGGCUCAAAGUUCCCAGGUUAGAAGGGUCAGCAAACAGCCCAUGCCCUCACCAUCACUUGGGUUUUCUGAGAUGUGUUUUCCAUGUCAUGUUCCCUCCAAUAAUCUCUCUCUUACAGUACUUCACAUCUCUUGUAGCCAGAGGGAGGAAACACUUCCCAUUUAGCCCAGCACCAGCUGCUUGCUUGGCUGAGGACAACACAGCGCUGAGGUUUUAUCCAUCAGAACUCCACGUAGAGAGAGGUGGGAGGGCUGAAGGGGAAGUGCUGGAGGAGAGAGAGGUGCUGUGGCAUGGUCAAGGCUCCCCUUGGCCAGCAGGUACCUCUGUGUGGCCAGGCUGUGAGAGCCAUGUGGGUGCUGUGCCACGGACCACGUGUGGCCAUGUGGGAGCUGCAGAGAAAGGCCAUGGUGCUUGCAGAGGCCAUGCAGGAGGUGUCCUGGUUGCUCUGGGGAGCCCCUGGGAAGCUGAUGGUCCCUGCAUGAGCCCAGGGAGGAUGAGGUUGAAUGGAAGUAAUUCCUUGACAAAAGGUUAACCACAGAGUUGUAAUGUGAGUCCUUGAGUCCUCCAGCAGUUUGCUGACUCCCACAGCUCCUUCUCCACCACGGAAUUACAUCUUGAUUUUAGCAGGGCGGGUCUGUACUGACUAGGAGGAGAAGAGGCAGGUUUGGGAGAAGGGUGUUUGUGUAGGGCUGGGUAGAUGCAGGUUCAAGUCUUUGGUACAGCCUCCAGGUCCUGGGCAAGGCAUUGAUUUGUGCUGUGAGAGGCAAGCACCUGCUCCCAGCCCCUUGGAAAGCUGCUGUAAGGAUGAGCAUUGCCAAGGGCAGGGCUGGUAUUGGCACACCUGGAUGAGGAGGUAGCUCUGAGGUGGAUGGGUCUGCACGGCCUGAUCCCUGUGUGAUCUCCCUGAGUGCUCAUUUCCUCGGGGAGCUCUGCCCCCAGCACUGCCUGCCCUUUGGAAUGCAGGGGCUGCUGUGCUGAGAAAAAAGCUCCCUCGAUUUUUGCCUGCCCGUGAGUGCUGUAGCAAUUAAGCAGAACAGCUUGCUGGUGUAGGUUUGAUUCCCAGCUUGAUGGCCUCACUAGCAUACAACAGCUUGGAAGUCUUUUAGAGACAUUUUCCAUGUGAAUAUGGUUAUUGCAAGAGUUUUCUUUGAGCACUAGGAACCAAUAAGUAAAAUCAAGUGAUAACCACACAAUUCCUUUCUUUGUUCACUGAAGCCUUGAAAGCCAGGACUGGAGAGUAUCCUGGAAUCACUCCUUACCACAGCUGCCCUGUGAAAUGCCACCAGAGGUGGAUAAUACAAUGCCUGACCAAGAGAUGACAACAGCAGAGGUGGUGUCUGGGCGGGCAGAGGUGCAGGACCAGUGAGAUGCCGAUGCCCUGGUGUGGUGGGUGUGCCCAGCAAGCUGUGAGCCCAGCUGCCUGCCCAGCAAGGUGGCCAUGAGAACAUCAGCUGCCUUCCUGCUCUUGCUUUCUUCUGUCUUUUGUAAUUUCCACGUCUGUCUGUCUGCUCACCCCCAUGAUCAGCUGUGCCUGAUGUUGCUGUGAAUCUUGUGCCUCCUUGUGUGGUGGGAGAUAAGGAGAGUUCCUAGUUCUCCCAGUCAGCAUUUCUGGUGUGAGUCUUUUUUUAAAAAUUGCUAUUUCUGUGUGUGCAAUGUGGAAUUUGGAAAAGAGAGACACAUUAAAAUAAUGGCACUCAGAAAGCA